UCAUUUAGGGUGAACAACCAAGAUGUCAUCGGUGUUGAUAAUAUAACAACAAAACUCUAGGACGGGAUAAGUUUAGUGAUUGAAAAAUUAAGAUACAUUACUUCAAACAUCAAAGUAUUUGAUCAAGGUUUAAAAAAGUUUGCGAGAUUCGGCUGUAGAAAAAAAACAAAAAGAAAAUGUCGCUGUUCGAACUCUGGCAGAAAGAGUCGAUGAGCAAGAAGAGGAAGAGCAAGGCCAAGCUUGUCUACCCCGACUACAACGGCUUCAUCCAGGUCCAGCGCGGCUUUGUCUGCUCACGACGCGCGGACGAUAAAGAGGUGCCGCAAGAUCAACCGGCACCCAAGUGGGAGCUCCCGGGCGACAUCGACUACUUGAAAAGCAAGUUAGGCUUCACCCUAGGGACCAAGGAGGAGACCCUCGCCUCAGCUCGCUUCGUGCUGAUGCCACGAGUGCCGCUCCGGUGGGGUCUACAGAAGCUGACGCUCAUUCCCAAGCCCCGUAAGAUCAAGCACGUUGAACAGAUUGAGUUUACGUUGCAGAGUUCCAAGCCCUCCACAGGGCAACUCUCCACCUCCACCAAGGUCACGGUCGACAGAAGCUGGGAGGGGAGGGACAGCAUAGGCGGGGCUGAGGGGAGGAGCAGCACCAGUGUACCCGAGGUCAUGACCCCACGCCAGAGCCGGGACGAGCACCUCAAGAUGUUGUCUUCCCCCGUAGACCAGAAAGGUCCCAAGCGAUUGACACUAGGGGAGAUCACUCGAGAACACAUGAACGCCAACAUGCGCCGCGUCCAGUUCCUGACCAACAAGAACGACUUCAACAAGAGUCGGCAGCAGAGGCGGCUGGAGAAGGUGGAAGAGGAUGUGGUCAAGAAUUUCGACCGUGACGGCUUCAUUUUGGACACGGCCAAGAAUGCAGUGUUGCGUGACAAGCGAAUUCAGGAGAAAAAGAAACAACGUCGCUUGUUGCAGGCCCAGGUGACUUUCAUGUCCUCACAUGCCAGCUCAAAACACAGCACACAGACCAUCCCCGAACUCUAGCACUCGGCCACGUCAUCACAAACCGCUGGGCAGGGGACAGUGGCUGACGUCAUCACAAACCGCUGGUCAGGGGACAGUGGCUCUACGCCUCGGCUUUAAAGUAUCGCAAUAUUCUGUCUUACGCUCACGGUAUCAACAUAAAACAUGGUAUAUUUGUCGCUACAUCAUAAAAAAAAUUAAUAAAUAUAUAAAAGCAUCGGAUAUUUAAAAAUAAAAUAAUUAUGUAAAUCUGCAAAGGUUAAAACAUCAAGAAUAGUGUGAUGGAGCUACGUUUAAGUAAGUUUCGUACUGUAUCUAAGAUCAUUAGACCGUCGUGUUUACGAACUGUUCACCGUUAAAGCUACAGGUCAUCAAUCAAUUACCAUCGUUUAAUUAAACAUUCGACGUUUAACCAAUCAGUGUCGUGAAGAAAAUUGUUCGAAAAACAAAAAUUACAACAAAAAAAAUGAACCAAAUUGGAAUAUGUCUUCUGGUCUUUGUAUUUCAUCUUGGCUAAAGACAGUUUAUCUGCUGUUUACAACUCAUCUUUGCUCAUAACAUCCUAAUGUUGCACGUUUUGGAAGCACUCAACAGAUGCGCUUUUGUGUUCAUCAUCUUUUCGACAACUACACCAUUGCUCAAAAAAUGUUUACUUAGGUUAAAUAUAACUGUAAAAACUUGCAACGAGCUUUAACGUUCUUUUUUAAUGUAUGUAUUGCAUGUUUUUUUUUUAAAAAGUUAAUUUUUUACGUCUUGUCGCGACAUAGACUUACA